AUGGCAAAUUACAAAAAAAUUGGCAUUCCUGAUCCACCUAAUCUUGAAAUGACAUGUCAAGCCAUCAAAGCUCGCCAAACCUUCAGCAAUGUUAUCUAUCCAGAAGAGGCACACUUCCCUAUUGCCUUUGUAAAGGUGGUGUACACGGUAAAAACGUUAUUGGUUUUUCAGUUUUUUAGGUUAAAAACAACCUCACUAUGGAAGUUCUGUUACUUUCCGUCGUUUCUUGGUCAUUUUACGUUAAUUUUAGGCUUUAAAACAGAAUGCCAAUUUUGGCGUGAACUAUAAAAUUUAAAGUUUUUUAAAAGUUUGGUAAGGCUUUGUUUAAAAAAUGCAUUUAUAAUAACUAGUAUAGUCAUAAAACUUAAUUUUAGCCUAUUUUUAACAUUUAAAACACAAUGCCAAAGUUGGCAGAAAAUUGAAAACUUGAAAAAAUUUUUGUAAAUUGGCUAUUUUUCAAACGAAAAAUUAAAACCUGAUCUCCGGUCUCCUUAAAGUGCUACUAAUGACAAUAUUUUUAGAACUAUCUAACGUUGGAAUUCGAAUUGGCUACCAAUUUCAACCCAAACAACAUUUAUAUGUUUGUGAUGGACAAGAAAGCACCAAAAAUGUUUCAGUACCGUAUGAGGCAGUUGUCUAAUUGUUUUGUAAAUGUGUUGGUAUCAGAAAAGACGUUUGAUUUGAAGUCUUCUGGCUAUAACAUUUUUUGGCACAAUAUCACUGCUUAA